AUGCUGAAUGUUUUGAAUUAAUUUGACUUACUAGUUAUGUAAUUAGUUGAAGUGUUUGAAUUUACUUGUGGGUCUGUUUGAUCAAAUGAUUACUUGAAUUGUGUCUUCAAGAAAUUUUGAAAAUGUAGGUCUUUUCAUUUUGAUUUUGGGUGUUUUGGUAAAAUUAGUUGAAAAAUAAAUUAUAAUUUUGGUUGGUGGGUGGAAGGUUCAAUCUUGCUGAAAAAGCAUUCCAAGGUUAAUUGAAAAUGAUAAGAUAACUAAUACUGAAGAAAGCUGAUAAUUUGAUUAAGAAGUUAUAUGGAAGCUAGAAAAAAGAUAGUUGGAAGGUAGAACUAAUCAUGGAGGUACAUUCUUGACAUAUAGCUAAUUCAAAUUUGACAAGUUUGAUAAAAUUGAAAUUUCAAAAGAAAAUCAAGCUAGCUAAUGGGCUUUUAUUUAGGUUUUAAUAUUAUGAAUUAGGAGUUGAUAUAGAAAAUCUAGCGGAGUUGUGUUUAAGUGUUUGCCAAAGAUACCUUUAGUUGAAGUGCUUGCCAAACUUACCAAAGUUGAAAGUUUAUGUAAGCAUCAACUGAGUGCUGACGUUUAGUGGCAAUGUUGAGGGUGGAGCAGUUUCUCUUGAGGAUAGCUCUGUUCGUUUUUGCAUCUAUUGUCUUCCUGAGCUAUAUCCAUGAGGGGAGUGCUAGGAGAACAAGCAGUUUUAUUCGAUCCGAGUGGCCAGCAACCGAUAUAGCUCUUGAUGAUGAAGCAUUUUCUGUUCCGAAUGGUCAAAAUGCACCUCAACAAGUGCACAUAACACAAGGUGACUAUGAUGGAAAAGCUGUUAUAAUCUCUUGGGUGACACCUGAUAAACCAGGAUCCAGUAAAGUACAAUAUGGAACAUCAGAGGAUGACUUUCAAUUUACCGCAGAGGGGACUGUUUCAAAUUACAGUUUUUACAAGUAUAAUUCUGGUUAUAUCCAUCAUUGUCUCAUUGAUGGUCUAGAGUAUGACAAAAAGUACUAUUACAAGAUUGGUAGUGAUGAUUCAGCUCGCAAAUUUUGGUUUCAGACUCCUCCAAAGAUUGAUCCGAACUCCUCGUACAAAUUUGGCAUUAUUGGUGAUUUGGGUCAGACAUAUAACUCUCUUUCUACACUUGAGCAUUACCUGCAGAGUGGGGCGCAAACCGUCCUAUUUGUUGGGGAUCUUUCUUAUGCUGACAUUUGUCAUCGUAAUGACAUUGGAAUGCGUUGGGACACAUGGGGUCGUUUUGUUGAAAAAAUAGCUGCAUACCAGCCUUGGAUUUGGUCUGCCGGAAAUCAUGAGAUAGAAUACAUGCCCACCUUGGGAGAACUUAUUCCUUUUAAAUCAUACCUUCAAAGAUAUGCGACACCUUAUGCAGCUUCCCAAAGCAGUAGUCCUCUUUGGUACGCUGUCCGGCGUGCAUCUGCUCAUAUAAUAGUGCUCUCCAGCUAUUCUCCUUUUGUGAAAUACACACCGCAAUGGAUUUGGCUUAAACAAGAGCUCAAGAGGGUGGAUAGGGAGAAGACACCUUGGUUGAUUGUUUUAACGCAUGUCCCAAUUUACAGCAGCAAUGAAGCACAUUUUAUGGAGGGUGAAAGUAUGCGAGCUGUCUUCGAAAAAUGGUUUGUUCGUCACAGAGUUGAUGUUGUCUUUGCAGGUCAUGUUCAUGCAUAUGAAAGAUCGUAUCGAAUUUCAAACAUACAAUACAACGUAUCAACUGGUGAGCGUUAUCCCGUCCCAGACAAAGCAGCUCCUGUUUAUAUAACUAUCGGAGAUGGGGGAAACCAAGAAGGUCUUGCUGGAAAAUUCAGGGAUCCACAACCUGAAUACUCUGCAUUUAGAGAAGCUAGUUAUGGGCAUGCUACACUGGAGAUAAAGAACAGAACACAUGCUUUGUACCAUUGGAAUCGAAAUGAUGAUGGGAAGAAAGUACCUACUGAUUCCAUUAUUCUACUGAACCAAUACUGGGCAAGCAGUAAGCGAAGGAGGAAGCUGGAGACACCGCGGUCCUUUAGGCACUCAUUUGAGCUUCUUUGUCAGAUAUCUCUAGAACUGAUUUAGCAUUACCAAGAAUUCAUAAAUGGCCAUUCAGAGAAUUAUGCUCUAGAAAGAAGAGUACAAUCAUACUUCAUACAUACAGAGAGAGCCAAAUUACUGACAUGUAAAUUGUGAUCAGUCUGUUACAUUGUAGAUUAGAGAAUGUGCCUCUGGUUAAUAUUUAGGCUCCAUUCAGGCUAUGUUUAAGAGAUCGAGUAUCGAUAAGCAUAUCAUUGUAAAAACAAAACGAUUAUUUUCUUAUUGAUCCUUGAUAAUUAAUAACAUCUGCAACUUGUUUCAAUAA